AUGGUUAUUAUAAUACAAAGAAAUCAAUAUAUUCAAUGCCAAGCAGGCACAGUAAUGAACCGUUUCGAUUCCAUAUUACCACAUUUGCCAGAAAAGACAAGGUUAACACUUUCAUCACUUUGCAUACUAGAUGAUAUUUCAACUUUGAUAUUAAGGUUCAUCUUAUUGAAUAAAUUGGCUCCUCAUGCAAUCUCGAUUCUUAUCAAUGGAGAUACAAAAGCACUAAGUGGUUUGGUAAAUGGUAAGGAGAAUUUGACAAUUUUACAUGAUAUCGAAAUAUUUCAAAAUUUAUUGCAUAAUUUUAUGAAUUUGAAAAAAAUUUAUAAUAAUAAACUAAUUAUUACAGUCUUUGACGUUGCAUAUGGUCUUUGGGUGCCUAAUUCCUCUCCCCCCUACAUUUUAAAAGAAUUUAAGUUUUAUAUUACAAAUACGGUUAAAAAGAUUAAUCUACUGACUUAUUUACUAAUUUCCUUAGGUUGUUGUGAAGACUAUGGAUUUGAUAUAUUAGACGAAAUAUUCUUUGACAUUUUCUGUCCACAUUCAAUAUUCAAUAAAUAUAAAAUACGUAAACUUCAACCGGAGUUGGAUACAACUACAACUUUCGAAGAUUUCAACAAUAAAAAGGAUUUGGAUAUUGCUAGAAAGUUUUUGAAAACACAUGGUGUACUUUAUUUAGAACUGAAGACUCAACAUUUCAUAACAAUAUUGGAAAAUUCAAAUGAGGCAAUUGAUUUCAUAAAGGAAGAUAUUUUAAAUCAAAUUUUCCCACCAGAUUUAAUUAAUAUUAAUGACAAAAAUAUGAUCCCAUCUGAAAUUGAAUUUAUUAAGAGAUGCAAUCAUAGAAAGGAAUCGCUUUUGAAGUAUGAUUCUUUAGAAAAUUUACAGAAAGAUUACGAAUGGAAAGAUUACAUUAAAGAGCUAGUGAAUUUCUGCGACAAGAAUAUCGGCAUGAUAAUUUUAGGAAGACCACACAGAGAUAUAAAUCCGCUAUUUGAUUACAAAUUAGAAAAUAUUAACAUUACAAGAAAUAUUUCAAAGGAUCAAAAUAUUAAUAAUUCUAAGGCAAAUGCCGUAACGAAAUCCAAUGAAAAAGAGUCAACAAUUCUUGAUGUUUCGAAAGUUUCCGAUGAAGGUAAAGUAAUGAAAAUUCACGUUGAAAAUAAGAAGAAAAAUCUUGCAAAAAUCAGCAUACCAUUGAUGACCCUUAACAGUCAAAAUAAAGUAACGUCAAAGGAUUUGGUUGAUGUCGCUAUUGUUGAGUCAGCCAAGACAGGUGUUAAAAAAUUGAAGCCUAAGAAAAAUUGGACAAAGGAAGAAGAAGCAAUUCUACAAAAAGGUUUGCAAGAUUUGGGACCAUCAUGGUCAAAGAUAUUGGACUUGUAUGGACCUGGUGGUACAGUUAAUGAAAUAUUAAAAAAUAGAACUCAAGUUCAAUUAAAAGAUAAAGCAAGAAAUUGGAAAUUAAAAUAUUUAAAGUCAGAUGAACCUUUACCUGAAUACCUUUUCAAAGUGACCGGAAGGAUCAAUAAAUCAAAGAAUAAUACAAAUUUAUAG